AUGGCCUCUCGACGUGAGCAGGAGGCAGCCGCGGCUGUCCUCGUACAAGCAGAAUCGUUACUAGUACAAUCCCGUGCAGACAACGCACUCGCGCUACUCGUGAAUCUUGAGCGGACGACACCUGGCGCCAAGGGAUUGGCUGAGCUGCUCGCCGUGGCUCAGGUUCUCGCCGCUGUCGGCUACACGCCCGAGUGUCCGAGGUGUCGCCGUCCCAUUGGUCCGCUUCCCAAGGAUUACGUGGACUGGUUCGGCGUGCUCCAGGGCUUGCGUUGCAAUUCCACCUUACACCUCCUUGGCAUCCUGGCAUGGUCGCUGCUCGAUCUUUCCGUCCCUCAGGUGGAUGCGCGAACGGACGAAGCCGGAAUCAAGAAGCGAUACCGACAGCUAGCGCUCCUGCUGCAUCCGGACAAGAACAAGUCGCAGAAGGCUGAAGCAGCGUUCCGCUAUGUCAAGGAGGCGCACACAAUACUGACAGACAGCAACAAGCGAGCCGUGUUCGAUUCCCUACGCUCCCGCCUCCCCCCCUGCCCUUGCUCUGCACCCGCGGGAGGAAGAGCCAUGGGGGUGCAGAGGGGUGCAGGGGGGUUCAGAGCGUCUCAGGGGGCGAGUUGGGCGGGCAACGAGGCGGGGCGGCUGCAGGAGCUGAGAGAGCAAGCCAAGGCGCGAGUGGUGUCUUUGGAGCGAGAGUGGGAGGAGAAGAAGGAGCAGUGGCUUCGCGACUUUGAACAAGCUAAGGUGCAGCAGCAGGCACAGCAGCAGGAGCAACAGGAGCGGGAGGAGCAGGAGGAGCGAGAGGAGCGAGAGGAGCAGCAGCAAGCGCAGCAGCAAGAGCAGGAGGAGCAGCAGGAGCAAGAGCAGCAGGCGGAAAGGGAGGCGGAGGGGGAGGGAGAGCAAGAGGGUGAGGAAGAGACGGAUGUAGCGAAGGGAAUGCAUGGGGAUGAGAAGAGUGAUGGGACUGUGAGUGAUGCUGCUCCAGCCCCCCCAGCCUUGCAGGGUCACACAUAUGGGGAGCCGUCCUGUGACCAGACAGGUAUACCUGAGGAGAAUCCGGAUCUUGUGGGUGACUCGAUAUGGGAGCAGCUGGCAGAUCUCGUGGAUGAUGCUGACGUGGAAAGUGAGGGCAAAGGCAGGAGGGAGGGCAGUAAUUGGAGUGGCAGCAGCGGAGCACAGGAGGACAGGGAGGCGCAAACAGAGGUUCGGAAAGAGGGCAGGGAGAAGCUAGAAGAUAAAACGGCGGAGAAACAGGCAGAGAAACAGGCAGAGAAUCAAGCAGAGAAACAAGCAGAGAAACGGGCAGAGAAACGGGCAGAGGAGCAGGGCAGUGAAGCAGUUGAGGUCACCCUCUCCUCCCCAGACGUGCACGGCCACGGGAAUAGCGGCAGGCAGGUGGAAAGGGAGGGUGACAAGGAAGGGGUGCGAGCAGCAGUGGGGAGUGGUGCGACCCUAAGUGGUGCUGCGUGCACAGGAGACCUGCACACCUCUUUCCGCGCCACCACAUCAGGCAGGGCUGCAGCUGACGCCAUGGCUGCCGCUGCUGCUGCCACGGAAGCUGCCCGAAAGGUUCUGGAGCGGUCGAGGUCGGUGCUGAGGAAGGCUUCGGUGCGCGCUGAGGAAUGCUCUGUCCGACCGGAAGGAGCAGAUGAAGCGGGUGGAGCAGGCGAGGCGGAUGGCGCAGGCAAGAAGGAUACUGAAAGUGAGGCGGGCAGAGUGAGUGCGAGCUCUGUGCCUGGCGGUGCAGAGGGCUCUGGUGGCAAGGACGACAUUGGGGGCAGCAAGGAGGGUAGGGGAGGUGGCAAGGAGGGAAAGGAGGGCAAGGAGGGCAGUGGGGAUGUGUUGGUCACCCUGCAGAGGUUGCGGCGGGACACACAGGCCGUUGCAGCCUCACUGGACAACCUCAGGCGCAGACUCUCUGCCCGCCCUGCUGCUGUCUUCCCUGCUGCUGACUUCCCUGUUGAUGACUUCCCUGCUGCUGCAGCUGGGAUUGUACCGGUGUUAACUGGGUCGCCACCAGUGCAAGUUCCUGCAUCCUAG